CGAGUCAGCGGAGCUGGCGCAAGUUGAGCAGGAACUGCGAGAGGUGGAGGAGGACUUGAACGUGCUUUUUCUGCGACAGAGUGAGCUACUCGAAAGGAAGAAGGAACUGUGUGAGCAGAUUGAAGACAAAGCAGCAGUAGCGAACAACACUGAUGAAUCUGCACCAGAGUGGAAGGCACAGUUCCAGUGGACCGAGCAGAUCCACACACUGCUCACAGACACCUUUCACUUGCCGGGGUUUCGCUCGGUACAGGAGGAGGUGAUCAACGCGACACUAUCCAACCAAGAUGUGUUCGUGGUCAUGCGAUCCGGAGGCGGCAAGAGUCUCUGCUACCAGCUACCUGCGCUGCUUGAUGGGAAUUCUGGCUUCACUGUGGUUAUUUCGCCGUUGAUCUCACUCAUCCAGGACCAAGCGCUGCUGUUCAACGACAUUGCCGGGAGAGGGUCAGCGCGCCAGUUGUCUGCAGAGCAAUCUCGCGGAGAAGCUGCGGCAAUUUACAAGUCCUUGCUGGACUCUGACAGUACACUGAAGAUUCUCCUUGUCACACCAGAGAAACUCAUCAAGAGUAAACUCCUCAUGUCGAGGUUGGAGAAGGCGUACCAGACUGGGAGACUCAAGCGCUUUGUUAUUGAUGAGGCUCACUGCUGCAGCCAAUGGGGGCACGAUUUCCGGAGUGACUACGCAAAGCUCGGUAUUAUAAAGCGCCAGUACCCCAAAGUACCCAUUCUGGCACUGACAGCAACGGCCACACCACGCCUGGCGAAGGAUGUGAAGACCAUUCUCGAGAUUCAGCAAUGUGUAUCGUUUCGGACAUCGUUUCUCAGAAGCAAUUUGCACUAUGAGGUAAAGGAGAAACCAGCAAAAGAUGCUGCAGCUAUGGAUUGCCUCGUCCGUCUCGUCAAGUCCUUUUCGUCGAGUGAUACCGGAAUCGUGUACUGCUUAACAAGAAAAGAAACUGAACAGGUGGCGCAGCACCUUCAUCAAGCUAACAUUCGGGCCGCAUGUUACCAUGCACAUGUGGAGAAAAAGGAAGAAAUUCACAUGGCCUGGAUUCGCAACAAGCUGCAGGUUGUGGUGGCAACCAUUGCAUUUGGUCUUGGAAUCAACAAGCCAGAUGUGCGCUUUGUGAUUCAUUUUACGCUAUCCAAGUCUAUCGAAGGUUACUACCAAGAAUCAGGACGGGCAGGUCGCGAUGGAAAGCCAGCCCGGUGUGUUUUGAUGUAUAAACCGUCGGACGUGCCACGCGUUUGCAACAUUGUCCAGGCAGAAGUGGGUGGUAUUCUUAGCAUGCGGUCAAUGAUCAAGUACUGCGUGGAGCUUUCACAAUGCCGUCAGUCUACCAUGGCAGCGUACUUUGGAGAGGCUUUUGAGUCUGAUGCAAUAUGUGGAGGAGGAUGUGAUAACUGCAAGCGAGACAUUGACACGGAAGACAGAAUUGAUUUGUCGGAACACUCGAAAGCUCUCCUCUCAAUUACUGAGGAUGCGAAGAAAAUUGAGAGGCGUCUCACGCUGAAGCAGCUUAUCGAUGAGUUCAGGUCCAGAAAAUUUGCCCAGGAAUGGACAAACUUGGACCCGAGCAUAAAAUCGAUGUCUCGAGGUGAAUGUGAUACUCUUGUUGUCAAACUGCUGCUGAGCAACGUUCUUCAACCCGAGAUCGGCUACACAGCGUACAGCACGAUCUGCUAUUUGGUUUCAGGUCCUCAAGCGCAACACCUGAAGAAGGACAGAUUUCAGGUUCAACUUCCGCGGUAUCUUAUCGUGACCAAGGGUUCGGAGAGUGCGGGCUCUAAUAAGUCGCUGAAGAAGAGAAAGCGGUCGCCUGAGAUUAUUGAGGUUGACUGA